AUGCUCCCGACGACCUCCAACUCCACCACCACAUCGUCGUCGGAGCAUCACCAUGCUUUCAAGAAACCAAUUAAACCUCACAAUCAAGACCACCACCACCUCCUCACCAAGAACAUCUUCAGUUUAUUCCAGACCCACAUCGUUUCCGACACUCGAUUUUGGCUCUUGACCGCCUUUAUCUUCCUCCAAGCCCUUAUCCUUUUCAUUACCCGUUCUUCCCCGCCUUCCCUUUCUCCGCCGCAUAACGGCGGUCCGGUUAGAGCAGAUCACGGCCACCUAUUUUCCCAUUUCGCCAACUCUACCACCAAUUGGCAUUCCAAAUACGAUGACCCGGAAUGUGGGUCCGGCCGGGUCUACGUCUACGACCUUCCUUCCAUGUUUACCAAGGACUUGGUGUUGUACGAGUGCGACGAUCUUCAGCAGUGGAGAUGGCAAUGCGGCAUCGGGACCAACGACGGUUACGGGAAGGAAGCGUCGGAGCUCGCCGGAAUCGUGCCGGAUCAUUUCCUACCGGCUUGGUACAGAACCAACCAAUUCUCUCUGGAGUUAAUCUUCCACCAACGGAUUUUAAAUUACAAGUGCAGGACUCUGGACCCGGAAUCUGCGACGGCGUAUUACAUACCCUUCUACGCCGGACUCGCCGUGGCGAAGUAUCUCUGGAUCGACGACAUUCCCAAGCGGGAUUAUCACUGCAAUAAACUGCUGGAGUGGGUGCAGAAUAAAACGUAUUGGAAGAAAAGAAACGGCUCAGAUCACUUCAUCGUUAUAGGCCGCAUCGCGUGGGAUUUCCGGCGUUGGACUGAGCCGGGGAAGAAGUGGGGUUCCAGUUUUCUGAAUCAGCCGGCUAUGGAGAAAGUCACGCGCUUCACUCUGGAGAAACCCGAUGGGAUCUACGAAGACCUCAGUAUACCUUACCCCACAGGAUUCCACCCCCAAUCCAGAUCUCAGCUACAACAAUGGCAAGACUUCGUCCGCCGGCAGAACCGUACGAGUUUAUUCAGCUACGUCGGAGCUUCCCACGGCGGAAGCUUGGACAAUGAUUUCAGGUCAAUGCUACUUAAUUACUGCUACAACGAAACGGGGUGCCACGUGGUGGACUGUGCGCAGACGGCCUGCAACAAUGGUUCUGCUGUGUUGUUAAAGGCUUACUUGAGCUCCCAUUUCUGUUUACAGCCCAAAGGCGAUAGUUAUACGAGGCGUGGGGUGUUCGAUUGCAUGGUGGCCGGGUCGAUCCCGGUUUUCUUCUGGAACCGGACGGCGUAUGAUCAGUACCAGUGGUUCUUGCCGCAGAAAUUCAAGAGUUAUUCGGUGUUCAUCGACCAUGAGGAUGUGCUAAAAGGUCUGUCGAUAAGGAAAGUUUUGGAAGGUUACAGCAAGAAAAAAUUGAUGAAGAUGCGAGAGAAAGUAAUCGAGACUAUACCAAACAUUGUGUUUUCAAGACCCAGUAAUAAGUCGGAGAUCAUAGGAGAUGCAUUUGAUAUAGCAGUAGAAGGGGUUUUGGGGAGGUUCAAAUAUGAAAAAAUGUGGGAUGAAGAGUGGAAAGAUGAUGAGGAUGACAUACUCACAAGGUGA